AGACCAGGAAGCAGCUGCAAAGGUUUGCGCAUGCGCCAUACACUGUACCAAGUUAAAACGACGAAACAUCAGUAACGGUUGAAGAUGACGACCUCAUGGAGCGACCGUCUGCAGAACUUCGCUGCUCUUCCGGCCAACAUGGACGGCGUAGCCAUGAAGAAGUAUCGUCGUGAAGCUCACCACAGCUUUCCAAAGGAUCUGGCUCAAAACCAUCCUGCAAUGAGAGUGUUUGUUAAUCGAAGCCUGGCCAUGGAAAAGAUCAAGUGUUUUGGUUUUGAUAUGGAUUACACUCUUGCAGUGUAUAAAUCUCCUGAAUAUGAGUCCCUGGGCUUCGACUUGACAGUGGAGCGCCUGGUAUCCAUCGGAUAUCCACAGGAGCUGCUGAACUUUGUCUACGAUCCCUCCUUCCCCACCAGAGGUCUGGUGUUUGACACAAUGUAUGGGAACCUGCUCAAAGUCGAUGCCUAUGGAAACAUUCUGGUGUGUGUGCAUGGGUUCAACUUCCUGAAGGGGUAAGGUCCGUUACUCCCACUUUGCUUUGAACUGGGAAAUACAAACCUCUUUUAUAUCCAAUGAUUGCUGUUUAAUUUGAGCUUAUAUGAAACCUACCUGUUUGCCUGCCUGGUGGAUUUCUUCAAUAACUGCUCCAGAUACUCCAGCUGUGAGACUGGGUUCAAAGACGGGGACCUCUUCAUGUCCUACAAGAGCAUGUUCCAGGACGUCCGAGAUGCUGUGGACUGGGUCCACUUCAAGGGCUCCUUGAAAGAAAAAACAGUUGAAAACCUGGAGAAGUACGUGGUGAAGGACGCGAAGCUUCCUCUGCUCCUGAGUCGGAUGAAUGAAGUAUCCAAAGUGUUUUUGGUCACCAACAGUGAUUAUAAGUACACAGAGAAAAUUAUGACCUACCUGUUUGACCUUCCUCACGGUCCGAAGCCGGGCACGCCCCACCAGCCCUGGCAGUCCUACUUCGACCUGAUCCUGGUAGACGCCCGUAAGCCCGUCUUCUUCGGAGAAGGAACGGUGCUCCGACAAGUCGACACCAGCACAGGACGGCUGAAGAUCGGCACAUACACUGGACCUCUGCAGCACGGCAUCGUUUACUCUGGAGGUUCUUCGGACAUCGUCUGUGACCUGCUGGGUGCUAAAGGAAAGGACAUCGUCUACAUCGGAGACCACAUUUUUGGUGACAUUCUCAAAUCUAAGAAGCGUCAGGGUUGGAGGACGUUCCUGGUGAUUCCUGAGCUGGCCCAGGAGCUGCAUGUGUGGACCGACAAGAGCUGUGCGUCUGCGCCCACACCUGUGGAAACUACAUUCAAAUGAUUUGUCCUCAGGCACAUGGACAGCAGCAGCAACGAGAGGCCUGAUAUCAGCUCCCUGCAGAGACGCAUUAAGAAAGUGACUCAUGACAUGGACAUGUGUUACGGCAUGAUGGGAAGCCUGUUUCGGAGCGGAUCCCGGCAGACUCUGUUUGCCUCCCAGGUGAUGCGCUACGCUGACCUGUACGCGGCCUCCUUCAUCAACCUGCUCUACUACCCCUUCAGCUACCUGUUCAGAGCUGCACACGUGCUGAUGCCUCAUGAAUCCACAGUGGAACAUACACACGUCAACAUCAUGGACAUAGAGUCGCCGCUCGCCACGAGAAACCGCCACGAUGUCGACUUUAAGGAGCUCGAGUGCAAAAGACACCAGCUGACCCGAUCCAUCAGUGAGAUCCAGCCCCCGCAUUUCUUCCCUCAGGCCCCGCAGGAGAUUACCCACUGCCACGAUGAGGACGAUGACGAGGAAGAGGAGGAGUAGGGAGGGCCGUGAACCUUUCCCCAGAAGAGCCUGUUUAAAUGUUUACGUUUGUCUUUACUUUGAUUUGUAGCUGCAGCGAGUGAGCGCUCUCAGUCCGCGCUCUGCUUUUAACGGUUUAUACGUGCUCACGUUACGCAAUAUCACAUCAACAGUUGGUCUCACGUUUACGGGGUUGUGCCGAGAGUUUGUCCCACGCUGCAGUCACGGUGGAUUCUGCUGUGACGGCUGUGGGAGAGUAUCACACGUUGAUCAUUUCUGGGUUUGUUGUUGCUGAAUAUCACGGUCUUCCACUGAUGUUAACCUGUGACUAGUCUGAAAGGGCUCUCAUUGGUUCAGCUGUCAACGUGUUGCUGAUAUGCUGUUCCUGGGGUGGGCGGAGUUCAAAGUGCCUCAGUGUUGUUACUGUUCAGUACGCACGGUGACGCGUUUUUCUUUCGUCAUGUUUUUAUGCUGCUGCCUUGAUUUUAAAGAAACUACAAAUAUGUCCGACCAAUAAAGCUGCAGCGAGGGCCUUAAAGGUUGUAAUUUGGCUGCACACUGGAGUUUUCAGGGCAGCGUCCCUGCAUUGGUGCAGAUGUGCCAGAGGGAGCAAGACUGGCGCCGGCAAACAGGGCGAGUAAAGUAUCAGGGUAAGAAGUAAGAACGUAGAUCUGACCGCCAGGAGAGGGAGACAAACAGCAUGUUCAGGGUCGCCAGGCUGCUGCGACUGCUACUAACGAGCGACUGCAGUGAUUGUGCUGCUACAGGCUGAGACGGUUCUUCGUCCUGCGCUCUUCUCUUCUCCUUCCUGUCACAGUUUGAAGGUCCUGUGAGCUCAAAUCAAAGGAUGCUGUUUGAACCUGGAUGUGCCCGGGAGGACUUUUCAUAGGACGGACUCAUAAUCCAUGAAGCUGAAAGCAUGUUUUUAUGUUUUAUUCAAACGUCAUAUAUCAGCAGCAGAGAGUGCAAAUGCUUUUUUUAUUUUGAAAUAUGCUGGGGGGGGGUGAUAACAUGCAUUGUUCUGCAGCUGACACACUUUUUCAUGACUGCAAUAAAAUAUAUUACAUUGCUGC